AUGAAUGCUGGAUACUUUGAUCCCUUCAUGUUUUUGAACAUUAUGAGAGGUGAGGAUGUGAAGAUGGAGACAUUGAGAUCCCAGACAAACCAUUAUAACAAAAGUCGACAAAGAAGCAUCGGCACAAUAUCAUUGCAGGGACGAAGAAGAGCAGGGAAACUAACCACCUGCUUGUUCGUGAAGACGAGGAUAGGUGAAAACUUGCUUGUUUUGUGA